GUAGGUUAGGGGUAAAAUCAACUUGACCAAUAAACUUUAGGGCUGUAUUUUGUACUACACCCAGAAUUUAGCCUCGCCAUAUCGAAAAACCUCCCCGCUUUUACACUCACUCACUCUGUCUCUCUCAACAAUACAGCGUACUCAACCUGCUCCACCCCCACCCCCACUCCCACGACCACCGCCACCUCCUUCAGUGGCGUCUACUGCCACCUCAAUUAAGUUCUUGCAUUUACUUGUUUGGGCAGUUUGCUCUAGUAAUGUUAUUUUUCUCUCAGGCAUUUCAGCGAACACGUUAAGUAACAUGGCUUUUGUUGAUCACUACUCAAAAUAUAUGCAAUUCUAGUUUGAUUGGAACCAGUUGUAUACUGUAAUUGUAUUCAAUUGAUAAAUAAGUUGAAUUCAAUGAGGUGUAUACAAGUAGAAGGAGACAAAACCCAAGAGGUCCCAAAUCAAAGGUCAACCUGUGUUGAAGGGGGUUUCAAUCGCAAACAAGAGCCCUUCUGAAGUGCGCAACAAAAGAUGACUGCACAGACCAUUUUCAGAACACUCCUUGACAGACCAAACAUCAUAAGCUCAAAGUACCAGGCCAAACAACUACAUGCCCAAAUCCUUAAAUUGGAGCCCUCCUCUCCUAUUCACCUCUCCAGACUAAUUUCCAUCUACUCCAACUUCAACCUCUUACAUGAAUCUCUCCUUCUCUUCAACGCUCUCCACUCCCCACCAGUUCUUGCUUAUAAAUCCAUCAUCAGAUGCUAUGUUGCCAAUGGCCUUCUUGUUCAAUCAGUGGCCUUAUUUUUGCAAAUGAGAGCUUCUGGUAAAAAACCAGAUCAUCAUGUGUUUCCUUCUUUACUUAAAUCAUGCGCAUUGUUAUCGGAUUUAAAAUUAGGCGAGUCGAUCCAUGGAUGCAUUAUUAGGUUGGGUAUGGACUUUGAUUUGUAUACAUGCAAUGCCCUUAUGAAUAUGUAUGGAAAAUUUCAGAAAGUAUUCGCUGCUAUGGAUAGCUUCUCUAUCAAGUUCAGGAUUGAGUCAGCACAUGAUCAAAAUGUUACUUUGGAUCAAACUAGUUAUAUUUUCCCUAAAACUAAUGCAAAUAGCACAAUCCUCGAUCAGUGUUACAGAAAAAGAAAUUGCAGUUAUAUGGUAGAGGUGAAUAGAAGGGGUUCAAUAAUGGAUAGUGUGAAAAAGGUUUUUGAGAAGAUGCUGAAAAGAGAUGUUGUUUCGUGGAAUACAGUGAUUGCAGGGAAUGCAGAGAAUGGAAAGUAUGAAGAAGCGUUAAUGCUGGUUAGGGAGAUGGGAAAUGACAAUUUGAAGCCUGAUUCAUUCACCUUGUCUAGUGUGCUUCCUAUCUUCGCAGAAUAUGUGGACCUUCAUAAGGGGAAGGAGAUUCAUGGAUAUGCCAUGAGACAUGGCUUUGACAAUGAUGUCUUUAUUGGUAGUAGCUUAGUUGGCAUGUAUGCAAAGUGUGCUCGAGUGGAAGAUGCCCUCCAGGUUUUUAACAUCUUACCUCAACGUGACAGCAUUUCAUGGAACUCUAUUAUUGCAGGGUGUGUGCAGAAUGGAUUAUUUGAUGAAGGCUUGAGAUUCUUUCACCAGAUGUUGAAAGCCAAAGUUAAGCCUGUACCCGUUUCCUUUUCCAGUAUCAUGCCAGCUUGUGCUAACCUUAUUGCAUUGCAUUUAGGAAAGCAGCUUCAUGGAUUCAUAAUCAGAGUUGGAUAUGAUGACAAUAUGUUUGUUUCUAGUUCACUUGUAGACAUGUAUGCCAAAUGCGGGUAUAUUAAGGUUGCUAGAUGGAUUUUUGAUAGAAUGGAUGUACAUGACAUGGUCUCAUGGACGGCUAUAAUCAUGGGAUACGCAUUGCAUGGACAAGCUUGUCAUGCUGUUUCUUUAUUUGAACAAAUGGAAAUGGAGGGAGUGAGGCCAAACUAUGUGGCUUUUGUGGCUGUAUUGACUGCUUGUAGUCAUGCUGGCAUGAUGAAUGAAGCCUGGAGAUAUUUUAACAGUAUGACUCAGAAUUAUGGGAUUGUUCCAGGAUUGGAACACUAUGCUUGCAUGGCAGACCUUCUUGGUCGAGCAGGAAAGUUAGAUGAAGCCUUUGAGUUAAUCUCCAGUAUGCAUAGACCUGUGGAGGGUAUUUGGCUGUCAUUGCUUUCUGCUUGUAGAGUCCAUAAAAAUGUUGACUUGGCUGAAAAGGUUGCCGAGAAGAUAUUUGAGGUUGAUCCAGAAAAUACCGGGGCAUACAUUCUCUUAUCCAACACAUAUGCAGCUGGUCAGAGAUGGAAAGAUGUAGCCAAGUUACAAUACCUUAUGAGGAAUAAGGGCAUAAAGAAAUCACCUGCUUUCAGCUGGAUUGAGGUUAAAAACAAGGCACCUGCUUUUGUAUCAGGAGAUAAAUCCCACCUGUGAUAUGAUGAAGUAAAUGAGACUUUGAAUGUCUUACAAGAGAAGAUGGAAUAAGAAGGAUAUGUUCCUGACAGAAAUGAGGUGCUUCUUGAUGUUGAGAGUGCAGAAGAAAUCCUUAUUAUUUGGCCACAAAGAGAGACUUGUCUAUUUUUGGCAUCAUCAGCACCCUUCUGGGACAACAAUUUGAGUUGUAUAGCAACAAAAUUUAAUUGAUGUGCAGACUACUACAUAGCAACAAAAUUGAUGUCAAAGAUAGUCAAUACUUCAGAUAUUUAAUUGUCAGUGACAAUAACCACUUCACCAUUUCGGGGAGUUUACAUGUUCUUGUGGUUCUAUUGGUGAGCAGAGCAAGGUACUUGUUUAUUGCUCAUCAAGCCUUGAAGAUUUGUUUAGUUGCUGCAAUUGGAGGUUUCUGUUGGAAAUAUUUUGUAUGCUUGCGGAUCAAAUUUUAAUCCUUCCAGUUGUUAAGAAAUGCCUUUCUCAUUGAUAAUAGUAGUGGUUAAAUCG